AUGGCCAUAACGUGUUCACUUCUUUCUCGACUCACAAACGGUACUAUACCCGAGAAGACCACUACUCCGAUUUCACGACCUGGCCAAGCCGUCUCGCCACCGCCGAAGCCUUCGGAAGAACCGUCGAACAGCGACUUCUACAUAUCUCGUGAUCACUCAAGUGCCUUGGUGAAACUGGACCUGCCCGGAGCACCCUUUCGUUCUGGUCAGAUGAGCUCCGUCUUGCUCAACUUCACAUUCACGAGCGAUGGCCACCAUCUGGUUCUCAACGGACGGAUCUUCGCACUCACCGUGCCGAACCCAUCUGUACCAGCCCGAUUGGAAGUACUACAGAUUCCAUCGAGUGUUUACUUAGCACCGUUUGCCGAAGAUUUACAUUACCGGGAUUCCGUCCUUGGCUCAACCCUCAAAGCGAAUCUCUUACUGGAUUAUGACUUCCGCUUCCAAAAUCGUGACGAUCCGAAUAUACGUUACUACAAUUACCAUCCAGUACUCCAUGUCAACAUUAUCGGAUGUCUAGCUCUCGAAGAUGAUAACUCGCCAUACGUGCUUCUCGACGCACCAUCGCAGCGGACGGUGGUGAUUUCCAUGCGCGAUCAGAGCGUGACCAACUCUGGAGACCCACGGCGGAACUUCACCAUAGUUUCUGUGCAGCUUUUGCCUCGCAGGGCAGACUAUCGUGCAACUGAGCCUAGCGAUAAGUCUUGCAGCCCGUUCAGCUGGCGAUGUGCGGAUAUUGAGGACCCUCCUUGGUACGAGGUAGUAUGGCAAGCUCAUUUCGACGAGCUGGGCCGCAUUGGCUCGCUGAGAUGGAGAUUCCUGCGAUUCGGAUCCUGUGUCAAUCACUUUGUCUCUUUGGUUCCGUAUCCCGUCUGGAUUCUCGUGGCGGUGGGGAUCGUGUGGCGCCUGUUUGGGUUGCGGCAAGCAGAAGUUGACACUGAGCCUGAUCCUGAGAAGCCGCUAUUGUAA